CCGGAGCAAAGACACCCGGCGGAGGCGAGGGCUAGUCCCGUCUCCCAUGGAAGGAGGCCUCGGGCAGGGAUCGCGCCGGGAGCGACAACCUUUCAGGAAGCAGACGAGAGGGAGACCCAGACACCAAGCCAGGGCUCUCCGGGACCGCGCAGCUCACCGCCGAACCGAGGGCUCCGAGCUUUUCCAUUGAAAAGGAACCCCUGGUUCUGGGACACUCGCUCCGCCCGCCCGAUUGCCCGCCACCCCGCCUGCCACCCGGGGCGUGCAGAGCCCAGGUCGCCGGCUCCCCGCCGCCGGCCUCGCCGCGCUAGGUGAGCGCCCCGCUCUCCCGUUGGUGUGCGGCGACCAUUUCCCCGCAAGUCUGCAAGGUGGGAGCACUUCGGACGACCAGCCUGAUUCGCGGGCCUUUCUGAAAGUUGGCGGCCGGAGGAGGAGAGGCGGCGAGACUCCGGCGCGAUGGAUCCAACGCCGCCUUCCCGAGAGUUGGCGGCGCCCGCGGGGAAGUCCCCGGGAGCGCAGCGCGCCGCGGAGGUCGUGCGCGCUCUGCCCCGCUAGGUACCGGCCGCCAUCCUCCCCCACUUUCCCUAAUUGAAAGCGGGCUGUCUUGGACGUAGGAUGUGCACGGCAGAGCCCACGGAGAGUUUGGCCGCGGCGGCUCCGGUACGCUCACAGGUGCUAGGGGUCUGUGGGCUUUUCUGAGCCGGAUCGUUUAGCGGUCAGGACGCCGGGCGGAGGAGAGGUGCGGGAGACCGGCGGGACCGCGGACCCCUCUGCCGGAGGAGGAAAUCUUUUGUAAUCCACCACGAAUGAUGAAACCUUCCAUAGCGGAGCUGCUCCACAGAGGGAAGAUGCUGUGGAUUAUUCUUCUAAGCACAAUCGCUCUGGGCUGGACUACCCCGAUUCCCCUGAUAGAGGACUCAGAGGAGAUAGAUGAGCCCUGUUUUGAUCCAUGCUACUGUGAAGUCAAAGAAAGCCUCUUCCACAUACAUUGUGACAGUAAAGGAUUUACAAAUAUUAGCCAGAUUACCGAGUUCUGGUCCAGACCUUUUAAACUAUAUCUGCAGAGGAAUUCCAUGAGGAAAUUGUACACCAACAGUUUUCUUCAUUUGAAUAAUGCUGUGUCCAUUAACCUUGGGAACAAUGCCUUGCAGGACAUUCAAACGGGAGCUUUCAAUGGUCUUAAGAUUUUAAAGAGGCUGUAUCUACACGAGAACAAACUAGACGUCUUCAGAAAUGACACUUUUCUUGGCUUGGAGAGUCUCGAAUAUCUGCAAGCAGAUUACAACGUAAUUAAACGCAUCGAGAGUGGUGCAUUUCGGAACCUCAGCAAACUGAGAGUUCUGAUUUUAAAUGAUAAUCUCAUCCCCAUGCUUCCAACCAAUUUAUUUAAGGCCGUCUCCUUAACGCAUCUGGACCUCCGUGGGAACAGGCUGAAGGUCCUUUUUUAUCGAGGGAUGCUCGACCACAUUGGCAGGAGCCUGAUGGAGCUCCAGCUGGAGGAAAAUCCCUGGAACUGUACGUGUGAGAUCGUGCAGCUGAAGAGCUGGCUGGAGCGCAUCCCUUACACUGCCCUGGUGGGAGACAUCACCUGUGAGACCCCCUUCCACUUCCACGGGAAGGACCUGCGAGAAAUACGGAAGACAGAACUCUGUCCCUUGUUGUCCGACUCUGAGGUGGAGGCCAGUCUGGGGAUUCCCCACUUGUCAUCAAACAAGGAGCAUGCAUGGCCAACGAAGCCUUCCUCCAUGCUGUCCUCUGUCCAUUUUACCGCUUCUUCCGUUGAAUACAAGUCCUCAAAUAAGCAGCCCAAGCCCACCAAACAGCCCCGGACACCAAGGCCGCCCUCCACAUCCCAAGCUUUCUAUCCUGGUCCAAACCAACCUCCCAUUGCUCCUUACCAGACCAGACCACCCAUUCCUAUUAUCUGCCCUACUGGGUGUACCUGUAAUUUGCACAUCAAUGACCUUGGCUUGACUGUCAACUGCAAAGAGCGAGGAUUUAAUAACAUUUCUGAACUUCUUCCAAGGCCGCUGAAUGCCAAGAAACUCUACCUGAGUAGCAAUCUGAUUCAGAAAAUAUACCGUUCCGAUUUUUGGAAUUUCUCUUCAUUGGAUCUCUUGCAUCUGGGGAACAAUCGUAUUUCUUACGUCCAGGAUGGGGCCUUCAUCAACCUGCCCAACCUAAAGAGCCUCUUUCUCAAUGGCAACGAUAUCGAGAAACUGACACCGGGCAUGUUCCGAGGCCUACAGAGUUUGCACUACUUGUACUUCGAGUUCAACGUCAUCCGGGAGAUCCAGCCUGCAGCCUUCAGCCUCAUGCCCAACUUGAAGCUGCUAUUCCUCAACAAUAACUUGUUGAGGACUCUGCCCACGGAUGCCUUUGCAGGCACAUCCCUGGCGCGGCUCAACUUGAGGAAAAACUACUUCCUCUACCUUCCCGUGGCUGGUGUUCUCGAACACUUGAACGCCAUCGUCCAGAUAGACCUCAAUGAGAACCCUUGGGACUGCACCUGUGACCUGGUCCCCUUCAAGCAGUGGAUCGAAACCAUCAGCUCCGUCAGUGUGGUGGGGGAUGUGCUGUGCAGGAGCCCCGAGAACCUCACCCACCGGGACGUGCGUACCAUUGAGCUGGAAGUGCUCUGUCCCGAGAUGAUGCACACAGCACCAGCCGGAGCCUCCCCGGCCCAGCCUGGGGAGCCCCACCUUCCGGGGGGGCCGACGAGUGCAUCGCCCUAUGAGUUCUCUCCCCCGGGGGGCCCGGUGCCGCUUUCUGUGUUGAUCCUCAGCCUGCUGGUCCUGUUUUUCUCUGCCGUCUUCGUGGCUGCGGGCCUCUUUGCCUACGUGCUCCGCCGGCGGAGGAAGAAGCUGCCCUUUAGAAGCAAGAGGCAGGAGGGCGUGGACCUCACAGGGAUCCAGAUGCAAUGCCACCGGCUUUUCGAGGACGGUGGCGGCGGGGGAGGUGGGAGCGGGGGCGGGGGCCGCCCCCCUCUCUCCUCCCCAGAGAAGGCCCCCCCGGUGGGCCACGUGUACGAGUACAUCCCCCACCCCGUGACCCAGAUGUGCAACAACCCCAUCUACAAGCCUCGUGAGGAGGAGGAAGCGGCGGCCGUGGCAUCAGGGCAGGAGGCAGGGAGCGCAGAACGCGGGGGUCCCGGGACACAGCAGCCGCCGGCCAUGGGCGAGGUGCUCCUGGGGAGCGAGCAGUUUGCCGAGCCCCCCAAGGAGAACCCCAGCAACUACCGGACCUUGCUGGAGAAGGAGAAGGAGUGGGCCCUGGCCGUGUCCAGCUCCCAGCUCAACACCAUAGUGACGGGGAACCAUCACCACCCGCACCCCCACCACCCAGCCGUCGGGGGGGUGUCGGGGGUCGUUGCAGGACCUGGGGCAGACUUGGCUGGGUUCCGCCACCACGAGAAGAAUGGCGGGGUGGUGCUGUUCCCCCCUGGGGGAGGCUGCGGGGGAGGCAGUCUGCUCCUAGACCGGGAGAGGCCGCAGCCAGCCCCCUGCACGGUGGGCUUCGUGGACUGCCUCUACGGCACGGUGCCCAAGUUAAAGGAACUGCACGUCCACGCCCCUGGCAUGCAAUACCCAGACUUACAGCAGGAUGCCAGGCUGAAAGAAACCCUUCUCUUCUCGGCUGGAAAGGGCUUCACAGACCACCAAACCCCCAAAAAUGAUUACCUCGAGUUAAGGGCCAAACUUCAAACCAAGCCGGAUUACCUCGAAGUCCUGGAGAAGACAGCAUAUAGGUUCUAACAGAAAAAUACAAAUAAAUUACUACUUUGUUUUUGUUUUUUGUUUUUUUCCCAAAAGAAAAGGAAAAGGAAAGAAAUAUAUAUCCCCUGUUCCCUUUCCACGGUUCCCAAUCAAUCCAUUCUCACAGACGUUCCUGCCCCGAACGGAACCCACACCGCAUGGAAACUAGAAAAUACAAGCUGUAUGCGCUCCCCUCCCCGAUGCCAUGGGGAGGGAGGGCCAUCCGGAGAUCAUUAAUCAAUGAAGUGCCUUCGCAGACUUUUGCCAGCAAAUGUUACCAUUAUUUUUUUUAUACUGAAACUUGAGACUUUGACUGUGCCAUGUAUAAGGUAUAUUGGGGAUCGUUGUAUUGAUCCUAAUGAAGUAAAAUUCAAUGUAUCUUUUGAUUUUCAGUAACACCCCCCCCCCAAUUGAGUUCUGUUCAACAGGGAGCGGAGAAAACAAAUUGACAUCCGUGGCUCUCUUUCCCCUUCCCAUCAUGGCACAGAUCCUGUACAUGUAUUACCAAUGCAGUUUGCUGCAUGCCUGGAAACUGCAAGCCGGGGAGGGAGGGGGCGGGUCUUGCUCGAAUGUUCUCACCCACUCUUCUUUCUCUCCCACACAUACCCACAGGCCAAUCACCAAGCCCUGCCCACGGGUCCCUAAACCUGCCACCUGCACCCUCUUGCUUCUGGUGCAGGUACACAGGCGCACACACACACACACACACACACACACACACACACACACAGAUACCACUCCCAUUCAAGUCAAUGUAAUUAUUUCGGGUUUGAUCCAUUUGCCUCCUCCCCAUAGCUCUACCUUCCCCUCAGCCCUAGUGUAUAGCUCACAGCAUCUUUCCUACCACCCAGGAAAAGUCCUGUUCCAGGCUGGAUCCCAGGGCAGCGGAGGCCCGGUGGUUCCCCAGCCCGAGGCGCACACCUAGGGAUGAGCAUCCGCUUUGUGACACUUCAUCCUGAUGCCAAGAUAUUUUGGAGAACAUCUGCACUUUCUUAUAUAAAUAUAUAUAAUAUUAAAAAAAACAAAAAAGCAACUGGUAUAUAUCACUAACAGCUUUGUAGGAAGCACUUUUAAUGUUUUCUCUCACACACAGAUUCAAAAGAAAUGUGCAUAUAUUUAUUCUGUAAUUUCAGUUAUAAAUUGUAAAGGUAAUGUUUAAUCAUUGUAUAGUGAUUAUGCGUCCGGUAUAGCUUUCCUAAUAAAAAGUUUUUGAAAAACAUAAUACAUUAUAUAUAGAGGAUACAAAGCUUGAACCUUAAAUUCCAGCUAUGCCAUGCCUUUCAUGAUCACAUUAAAAAAAAAAUCUUUCUUUUCCUUGUUAUACAGAAAGCUAGUUUAUUAACAAGUUUGAUGCACUGUGAUGUUGAUAAAUCUUAUACCCCCCUCCCACCCCAUCCCAUACCAGGAUACAAUUGGGACUUUAAAAAAUCUGAUUUAUACCAUUUGCUUCUUGUCUCUUGGAUUAUAUAUUUCAAACUUAGUACCCCAACGAUGCACCACUUUUUCUAGGCAGGAUGUAAUUGGGAAAAAUAAGGUAACCAUGUUGCUAAGACGUAUAGAAUUAAAUAAGAGGAGGAUCCAGGCAUCUUAAGAGAGUAAAUCAAGGAUCCAGGCAUCUUAAGAGAAUAAAUGACAAAAAGGAAAAGAAAAAUUGCUAUUCUUAUAAAAAAACGUGCACUAAAGUUACACACACACGCACACAUCCCAAUAAAAAAGUCUAAGGCCUUGGAGCCAAUUUGCCAGAAUCCUGUUAUCUGUGAAAGUUGUCACAUAUGUAGCUACUGGUUUUGCCAACCACAUACUGCAACUGGCCCCAGUCAUGCUUGAGCUAAGACAAAGGACGUUGGAUGAGUUUUUCAUCCUUUAUGACACAAAAAUGACGUUUCUAAAUUAAUCUGACAAUAAUCCAAGUUACGAUCCAUUUACAUGUGAGCGAAACCAAAGAAAAUCGGAUUUUUAAGGUGCCAGUAUGUUAUUUAAGAAAGAAUACCAUACCGAGCUCGGGAGGCACUUAUCUCAUUGUGCCAUUAGAGGGCAGCAGAGCUCCAGAGAGUCAUAGACCCUGAGCUGCAGAAUUGUGCGUUGACCCCCGCGUUCUCUGCUAGUGUUUCCUCAAGCUGCCCUUAGUAGAAAUUAUCGUUAUGUGUUGAAUGUAAUUCACAAGUCACUGAUGCCUUACAUCCCAUUUUUUCCCAUACGAAAGACUAGCAGCUUCUAAAGCUGUGUAACUGAUAUAAAACUAAGGCAUUGUACUUAAAAAAAAAAAAUCCCCAUAAAUGUCUAUGAUAUAUUUAUAUAUCUUUCGAUUAGUUAUACAUGGAUAUCAACAUAGGUAUGCAUAAAAUAAAAUAAAAACACACACAAGCAUAUCAAUAUAAAAAAAGCAAUUUUUCAGGGCUACUUUGCAUUUGGCACAUUGCACCUACACCUUCUGUCCUUCAUUAUUUGAGGUAUAUUUUGGAAUUACUUCAGAUGAAGAGAAGCCCGCCGGCAGGAUUCACUGUUUCUCUACAUACAAUAUUGAAAUGCAGCGCUGCUUGUGCAAGAGAAGCAGACCCACUGUUAAAUAGGUGUUAUUGUUCUUUUAAAAUUCUUUUCCUUGUCUUUUCACUUUCCCAUAAGUCAGCUUUUUCAUAGUUAUUUCGCGAUCCUCAUUCCUCAUUCUUUUUAAACGCUUCUUUCUUCACUUAAAGUCUUUUCCCAAGGCACAGAAAGUCAGUACUAAACUUUAAGUGUUUUCAAAUCUGAUCUAUGGAGCCCCUCCAAACUACGGAUUUAUCAUGUCCCCAUUCCUCUUAAUUAAAUAUGUUAGUGGGUAGUAGAAAGCAUGUGCAUAAUAAAAAACAAAGUGCAAAGCUAGGUACUUCUGACAAUAUUCAUCGUUUUCUUAAUAACUGCACACAUUCAUAACAUGGUAAAUUAUACAAAUCAGGUUAAAGUGCAAUCCCUAAUGAUCCUGGUGCUUUUGACAUUUGAGAAAUGAAUAUCCAUAAACCAUAUUAAAUUACAAUAUACCUUGAUAAUUAUAAUGUUUAUAUUUUAUUUAUUAAAUACAGAAAGUAAGACUGACUUAAAUAUAGGUAAUAAUUUUACCCUUGAAUGAGAAAUAAAUUUAUUUAGUGAAAAUAAAUUUAUAUGAGAAUGAAAUUUUGUAUUAAAGAAGAUAUUUUUUUUUUGCAUCCAUGGAGUUUUCUACCCCUUGGCUAGGUCACUUAUUUUUGUUGUGUAUUAGAAUUACUUAACUUUAGUUCAUAAUACCAGAUAUAUUUUCUUAAAGUACCAUGGGCAUUGUUAUAGGUACUACUAGUAGAGCUUAUUUCUUUUCUUUUUUCUUUCUU